AUGACGUCGAACCACGAAGAAAGUUCGGCUAUUCUUUCCUUUUUCGAUGCUCGCAAGAUUUUACAUGUGCAGGAUCAAGCUGCCGUUCGUUUACGAUUGUAUCGACGUAUGCCAACUUUCUUGUGCAAUGGCCGCAUCAGCGGCAUGGUCGGUAGAGUGAAUGGUUACUUCCACUUGAACAUCGAACACUCCUGUGGGCAUGAGGCUGCACCUGCCGUCGAAAAUAACGCCGUCCCGCAAAAUUUCAGAUCGGCAGAGACGCUCGUCGGCAGAGUCACUGAUAAGGGUGUCUGUAAGAUUUUCACCUCAGCACAAAACAACAGAUACAGAGAAGAUAUCAGCAUGGACACUGUAAGAGAAUGAAUUUUGAUAUAAAAAGAUGGAAAGUUGCUUGGGGCGCGCAAGCUUUCCAUGCAGGAUUAAUUAAAAUAACAACUAAUGAUGCUAACCGUCCAGGGAUGGAAGGCUCCAUAAAAAAAUCAUUUGAUACAUAGUGUACAGAAGUUGAGAUAAUAUAACAGAAAAGGCUACAGUACAUAGCGUGCUAUUUUAUAAAGUGCGCGUGCGGACAUGGCAGUGGAUAUUUAUCAAUAGAGCUUGAUUAGCAGUGUAUUCUGGAAAACGGAUUAUGGUUCGGUUACAUGAUUAACCGCUCGGAGAAAUUAAUUUCCGAAAUCCGUUUCCGUGAUUUUUUUUAAAUGGCUAGGUAGGCGU